AUUAAACCGGGAAAAUACUUAUUAAUCGUGCAAUAAUCAGGUAAUAUUGAGUGCCGGGAAUGAUUUUAUCAAGAAAUCAGAUGUAUUAGUGGAUAUUAUUAAGCCCAGACCUGUAAAAAGUGCGAUGCUAUAUUUCGCCAUUGCGCAACUCCUCCGCGCACAUUCAUCAUGGCGGCUGACCACUGGCAGAGAAUGGAGGGUUUGGCGUUUGUCUGCGGAUUUUCGGCAGUGAUUUUAUCAAGUAAUCAGACUUUAUUAGGGCAUAUUAUGAAGCCUACACCUCUAAAAAGUGGAAUGCCAAAUUUCGCUAUUGCGCAACUCCUCCGCGCACAUUCAACAUGGCGGCGGGUCAUUGGCAGAGGAUGGAGGUUUUGGCGUUCGUCAACGGAUUUUCGAAUCGAGACGUAUAAAGAGUACAAUGUCAAAAACAUCACUACUGCGCAACUUCUCUGCGCACAUCCACCAUGGCGGCUGGUCACUGGCAGGGGCUGCAGGGUUUGGCGUUCGUCCGCGGAUUUUCGAAUCGAGACGUAUAAAGAGUGCAAAUGCCAAAAACAUGGCUAGUGCGCACAUCUAUCAUGGCGGCCGGCCUUUGGUACUGCACGAAUAGAGAAGGAUCAACGUGAAAAGUGGAAUUGUUGGAGUUGGAUUGGAAUAUAUGCCAAGCUGACGCCGGGUGUUUCAACGACCG